AAUAUACUGUUAGGGCCGUUUUUUCUAUAUCAGAUCUUGCAGAUGGCUACUAAUCUUACAUUGAGAAAGCUGCCCUAAAAGUAAUAAUUUGCUUUAGGUUACCGAAAUAAAUAUGCUUAUUUUUUUAAUGACAAAACCAUCCGCACCUUAAUGGCAGUUGGUUUGGAUCGGUAAUUGCAAUGGUAACUGCAGUCUGUCUAUUUAAUAAGUUAUUCAAAAAGUCAUGGCUACUUAAAUUCCAAUAAAUUGGAAGAAUUAGUACGGUAAUUAACGCAUACGCUCCGUGCAACAAUCACCCAUUCCAAUUGUGUAAAGAAAAACGUAAACCUCUUGCAAUCUCUCUCUUAUUCCGAAACGACCAUAUCUCAUAGCUUACGCAAUGCGCAUGUUUGCUUUCAGUCAGCUGUUCUUGCUGACAUCACGGUUGACUUAUUAUUCGCCCGCGCUUUUGAAUGUGAGUUUUCAAGUGUUGUAUUAUUUGUGAAAUUUUAUAUUUUUUAAAAUGCGUUGCGCAGUGUUCGGAUGCAAUAAUAAUAAUGGUAAAAAUUGUGCUACGAAAUGGAGAUUUUUCCAUUUCCCUAAAGAUAAAACAGUACUAAAACAAUGGAUUCAUUUUUGUCGUCGUACGGACAAAAUUAAUGUUAAAAAUGCAUGCAUUUGUGAAGUGCACUUCGCGUCAGAAGCCUUCGAAAGAAACUUGCAGUUUGAAAUGGGUUUAAGUUCGCGGAAUCCAACUAAGUUGCUACCUAGCGCUUUUCCCACGUUAACAACUGCUCCUGCAGAGGCUAAUGAACGGCAGAAAAGGAUGAAGUCUCGUUCCAAAAAAGAGAUGUUAACAACAUUGUUGAAGAAUACCCCUCCUGUUGAAGUAAUUCAAGCAGACGAGAUUGGAGAGGCAACUCAAACUGCAGGAGAGGAGAUCAUCGAUGAGAAAGACGAGAAAAUACUGCAUUUGGAAACAGAAAUACAAAGGCUGAAUAGUGUUGUUAGAACUUUGAAAAAGUGCAAAAACGAGCAGUUAGCAGAAAUUAAACGCCUUAGGAUUUCCAUUAAAUCCGCGGAAUUCCACAGAAAUAAUUUGGAGCAAAAACUUAGCUGCAUUUUCACCAAGGGCCAGGUAAGUGCCCAAAUUCUAAAAAGGAUGGAAAUAAACGGCGUCAUUGGAAAGAAGAAGACAUAGCUAAGUCGAUCACGCUAUACUCAACAAGCCCGAAAGCGUAUAAACUUUUAAGGAGAAACAACUUUCCUCUACCAGGUGUGCGAACUCUGCAAUGGUGGGCAAAGAAAAUUGACGUAGCUCCAGGUGUCAUAGAGCCGAUUAUAGCUCGAAAGUAAAAUAAUUGUUUUUCAGAGCUAGAAUGUAUUUUAGGAUUCGUUCCUUAAUUAAAAACUUAAUAGAACAUAUGUAAAGCAAAAAAAGAAAAUUAAAUAAGACUAUAAAUUGAUACUUGGUUAUAAAAUAUUCAAUCUUUUUAUUUACAUAAAUGUAUAUGGUUGAAACAAAUACAGUAAAGAGACAAAAUUAAAUAAUACAAUGAAAAUUCAAUUAAAUGAAUAUGUAGGUAAAUGUUCACUAUAAAAUAUUC